AUGUGGGCGCAGAACUGGGAAUCGAUAUUCCCCGCAGUGUCCGAAUUCAAGACAAAGUCUUUGGACGUCACGGACGAGAUGUUGAAGCAAAAUUACACUGUCCGCCGAAUGUUCGAGAUUUCCGACAAGUUCUUUGAAGACCUCGGGCUAAUAAGUGUCAACGACGGAGCCGCUGAUUUCUACGGAUUAUCCAUGCUGGAGAGACCGGAAGACGGGCGUGAAGUUGUUUGUCAUGCAGAGGGUUUUCAAGGGAUCACACCCCCUCUGAAACGUUCCGAGGAAGAUUUCGACGCUGGUUCCAAAUUCCACGUCGCAGCCGGGGUGCCUUACAUUCGCUACUUCGUCGCCUUCAUUCUUCAGUUCGACUUUCAUCAAACUUUGUGCACUGCUGCCGGGCAAUUUAAUCCUUCGGAUCCGGCUGAGCACUUGUUACACAACUGUGACAUCAACGGAAACUUGAAGGCUGGAGGAAAACUCAAGAAGUUACUGGAAGCUGGGAGUUCCAAGCCUUGGAAGGAAACCUUGUUCGAGCUGACGGGGAGAAGGGAAAUGUCCGUUCAGCCACUGCUCAACUAUUUCGAAAAGCUACGCGACUACAUCCAGAAGUAUUUGAAGACCAACAACGUGCCGGUCGGGUGGGAGAAUUCAUUGUAA